GGCAUCUUCCGCCGCCGCCGCCGCCGCCGCAAACCGGAGAGCGAGACCGACCGCGCGCGCAGCACCGCCGCCGCCGCGAUUUUCGCUUAGUUUGUUCCUCGCCUCCGCUCCCCCUUUUACCUUAACUCCGUCCAUGGGCAUCGUCUUCCUGGCUGCAAUAGCCAGUGCUGCUGCCAUAAAAAAGAAGAGCCGCCCGCAACUGCACCUGGAAAAUUGAUGAUGUAGAAACAACGCCGUGCUUGCACUUUUUUAUUCUGUAUCUUCGUGUUAUUAUGUACUCUAUAAAGAUGCAUUCAGAAUUCUAUAUAUUUCGAGUUUCUUUUAUGCCAUGUCCAUGGUGGAAGGUUCAGCCACUGUAUUUUACUCUUUACCAUCCAUGCUGGAGCAGCCUUGCCAUGGAUGGAAGCAUUCACAGCAUAAUACUUUGGCGACGCGUGCCUCUGUUUGAAAUAUAUUGGUACACUUGUUUGUUGUUAUUAUGCAUGCUUCGUUCUGCAGUUUUUUAAGAAAUUCAGGCCAGGCAUGCUCAAAGUUACACUUGUUAUCACAGACAUGUACUAAGAUAUAAUUUCCUUGCUACCAGUACAGCUUCUUUGAUUAGUUCGUCGCCAAGAUUCAGCAGCAGCGUUCUGUGUCAUCAUCUAUCAUCUAGACGCUAAUUUAUUUUGUCUGACAUGGAUGGAUGGUUUAAAAGCAACUUGUUUCUCUUCCUUGAAAUGCUUUUUUCAGCUCUUGGACUGUCAGAUGGGCAAGAUGGUUGCCAUCAGGGUUCCCAGGAACAUGCGCGCCAAACGCGAGCUCCUCAAGCACGCACCCAAGCUUGUUGAGAAUGGCAAGAAGAUGCUUAUUCUCCAUGGUACAAAGACUAGCGCAGUUUUGAACGAUGUGCUCGCAGAUCUUUUUCACCUGAAGCGUGAUCAUGCUGUGAAGUACACCAAGAAGAACGACAACAUCAGGCCAUUUGAGAGCGGGGGUGAAACUUCCCUGGAGUUCUUCUCCCUUAAAUCUGACUGCAGCCUCUUAGUGUAUGGUUCUCACUCAAAGAAGAGGCCCAACAAUCUUGUUUUGGGAAGGACUUAUGAUCACCACAUAUACGACCUUGUUGAAGUAGGAGUUGAGAACUACAAAUCCAUAGAAUCUUACGCAUAUGAUAAAAAAUUGGCGCCUAAACUUGGGACAAAGCCUUUCUUUGCCUUCAUUGGGGAGCACUUUGAGAGUGUUGAUGAGCUGAAGCAUUUGAAGGAAAUGCUGCUUGAUCAUUUCAAGGGAGAGGUGGUAGAGAAUCUGAACCUUGCUGGUGUAGAUCGGAUAUUCGUGUGCACAGCAAUUUCCCCUACUACUGUCUACAUGAUGCACUGUGCUCUUCGUCUAAAAAGGUCAGGCACAUCUAUUCCUAGGAUGGAGCUGGUUGAAGUUGGGCCUUCAAUGGACCUGGUAGUUAGGCGGCACCAACGUCCAUCUGAAAGUUUACAGAAGGAAGCUAUGAAGGCUCCUGGUCAUGCUAAGAAGGUGAAAAAUGUGACGAAUAAUCCAGUUGACGGCAAGGAGGGCAGGAUCUACAUUCCAGACCAGGAGGUUUCGAAAUUGACCUUAACAAGCGACAUAAAGGGCCUGAAGCGGGAGCGCCGUGAAGCCAAGAAAAACAAGGAGCACUCGAAGAAGCAAAAGGUCAACCCUGAGUGAAUAACGCAGAAGGCUAUUCAUUCGUGGUAACUGGUCCUUUUUAAGGAUUUUUGGUGCACCUGAUGAUCGCAUCGGCUGUGUUAAGCCAACUGGUGACCAACUUGUUAGGUUGAGCUGUAAAUAGUGCGGUACCGUCUUUUUAGGCCGUAAAACCUGCCUACAGACUUCUGCAUCUGUAUUGAGGCGGCUUAUCUAUCAGACAUUAUUAGUGCGAAAUUGUUGGAGCAACGUGUGUUAGGAGUAUUUUGUUUUGCUAUUGUUGUUAGUCCUUGAUUCUAGCUGACCCGAGAUGAUUGUUGAGAUGACAUGGUUUAAGUCUGGUUACCAUGGGCAUUUUUUUUCUUCUGAA